AUGGGUGACGACUUUUUCGACAUAUUAAACCUACCGACAACGGCUGUCCGACGAAUGUUGCGGUUCCUAAGAUAUCCUGACUUGCGUAACGUUGCCAAGGCAAUUCCAUCGUUCUCCCCAUUAUGCGACGAUGAAUAUCGUAAAGUGGAUAGAGAACUUCUGUCUCGGCGUGACUUCAAAUGGACUCGGUUUGCCAGCAGUAAUGAUGAGGAAAGCAUGGCUCCUCGUGGAUUGCACAGUAUGGCGUUCCACGAAAAAGAAUGUGCAAUGUACGCAUUUGGUGGUGAAGCUCCGGAUUGGAGGCUCCAAGGCGAUACUUGUGGACCAGCAUCUUUCAACGACCUCUGGAAGCUUGAUAUGACGUCUUUAAAAUGGUCUCGAGUCGUUGUUAAAUCGUCUCCUUAUCCACUUCCGAAAUAUUUGUGUUCAAUGGUUGUCUAUAAGGAUGAAUUGUUGAUCUACGGUGGAUGCCGACCUUUACCUCGGUAUGGUAGUGCCAUGCAUCUGAACGAGAUGCACGUAUUUAAUACUAAGAAGAGAGCCUAUAGAAUCCUGGUCACGACCAAUGACGGUCCAAAUCUGGCUGGGCAUGCUUCUUGUAUGCAUGGUGAUCUUUUUAUUGUUCACGGUGGGGUCGUAUCUACCUGUGAAGUAAGCUAUCGUGUGUCCGUUCUGGAUAUGGUGGCCAAGCGGUGGUUCAAUGCUCCUUUGCCCGGUUUUCCAUCGGUUCUACAUUAUUUGGCUUCUUCGCCAAUACCAAGUUUCAUGGUAGGUUCUUCUUCACUUGUGGUUCUCAAGGAAGGCUGCCUUCUAGCGACGGGUGAAAAUAUGCGGGAUGAUUUGCCCCAGAACACCUCGAUACUGUUUGUUUUCGAUCCGAAAGAUCCUGAAGGAGUCGAGUGGAAGUACAAACUAAUACCUGGUAUCGGUCGUUGGUGGCCUCCUGUCGGGUUGUCACCUCCACCAUCGAAUAAAAACUUUGGCGGAAUAGCAGUUAUGCGUUGCGAUCGACUGAUUCGAUUGAUAUCAUUGGGAAUGCCACAAAAAGGAAGCAAGGAUUCUCGGUGCAAUAUAACCUAUGAUGGGGUGCAGAAGCGUAGCACAAACUUUAUCAAGCAUGUCCGCGGUAUUCUUGAAGCUGAGAUGUCCAGGCGAGAACAAGUUCGACGAUACUGCAGAGAAAACGAUGAAGGAGAAGCAGAGAGAAGUGCAAAAUUGUCUGAAGUGAUUGAGAAUGACGGUAUCAAAUGUACAUUAGGUCAGUGUUAUUUGUCGACUCUGGAGGCAGAAAACUGUAAAGGAGCAAGGUUCGCCACAAAACCACGCACGAUGGACUUAGUAACCAUUGCAGUUGCGAUAAAUCCGCAAGCGGAAUCUCAACGAGCUACACCUUUAGACGAAGUUGACGUUGCGGAGUUGAAACUUCGACUCAGAACAAUGAUUGCGCAACUUCAUAUGAAGUAUUAUUCAACGCGACCUGAUGUUCUCCUAAGCCCGAACUUGCCAUCAAGAAAUAGUAGUUUCCGAAGAAUGGUUGCAUUUACUGCCGAUAUUCCUAUAGGAGAGGACUUCGAUCCAGUACGCGACUUGAAUCGAAUAGAGUGGAUACCGCAAACAGUACAGUAUGGAGGGCCACCGGAGACCAGAAAAUAUUGUAUUGUGGCAGCACGCGGCGAAGCAGUCGUCCAUGGAGGAAGCGUCCACUUUGGUGAUGGAAUGGGUAUGAUGGGAUACACGUAUUUGAUGUCGCCUGUAGCAACACAACCAACUAUGGCCACUCCCAUCACAAAUACAAACACUUGUAACAGGUUCGACUUCAAUGUACUGGUAAUCCAGUAA